GACUCACCGGCUGUGAAUACUUGCCUCGUUCCCUCCUCCCUACUAUAAUGCUAGCUAAGAUGGUGGUUUGAGCGUAAAUUGUCUCCACAAUACCAAGGAAAGAAAGGGGCAAAACAUCUCUACAGCCUUUUAGUUACACUAGAACAGCACAGCUACUGUUAUCUUAGGCAGCCGUUUAUAGAAAUUUUGACAUUUUAGAUACGUUGGCUCGCAGUCCCCGCCCAAUUUGGAGUGACUCCCUUGGAGUGGAAUCCUAAGCUAAAUACGGACAGGCCCUGUGCUCUGUGACCAGCUUCAGUGCUCACCCUUGCUGCGCCAUAGGAUGUCCCAUAGCCCUGAAAUGAAGGACGACCCCAUGGAGUGCCCUCUGUGCAUGGAACCACUGGAGAUUGAUGACGUCAAUUUCUUCCCCUGCACUUGUGGCUACCAGAUCUGCCGCUUUUGUUGGCACCGCAUCCGCACAGAUGAGAAUGGCCUCUGUCCCGCCUGCAGAAAGCCGUACCCAGAGGACCCUGCUGUGUACAAGCCCCUGUCACAGGAGGAGAUUCAAAGGAUAAAGAACGAAAAGAAGCAGAAACAGAACGAGAAGAAGCAGAAGGUGACAGAAAACCGUAAGCAUCUGGCCAGCGUCAGAGUGGUCCAGAGAAACCUGGUGUUUGUGGUGGGGCUCUCGCAGCGACUCGCCGACCCGGAGGUCCUAAAACGACCAGAGUAUUUUGGGAGGUUUGGGAAAAUCCAUAAAGUGGUCAUCAACAACAGCACAUCUUACGCAGGUUCACAGGGGCCAAGUGCCAGCGCUUACGUCACUUACAUCCGCUCUGAAGACGCUCUGAGAGCAAUACAGUGUGUGAACAAUGUGGUUGUUGAUGGCAGAACACUCAAGGCUUCUUUAGGCACAACAAAGUACUGCAGUUACUUCCUCAAAAGUAUGCAGUGUCCCAAACCCGAUUGUAUGUAUCUACAUGAGUUGGGUGAUGAAGCCGCUAGCUUUACUAAAGAGGAGAUGCAGGCGGGAAAGCAUCAAGAGUAUGAGCAGAAACUCCUCCAAGACCUCUAUAAAAUAAACCCUAGCUUUCUACAACCUCCAGCAUGUGGAACAGAGAAGUCAAAGAGUAAAUCCAACUCCACACAGAGAACCAACAGUAGUAAUGGUAAAGAUGGGUGGCCGACGCUGUCAGGGCAUAGCAAACUGGCUAACGGGCUUUCAGAAGACCGCAAGUCCCCUCCACUACUCGACUAUCUAGACCAAGAAGUUAACGCUUCAGAUGGGCUAGAAACAGAGCUGGGUCCUGGCCAGUGUACUGCCUUGUCCCCCUUCUCCUCUAACUGUGACAGUAACAGUCCCAGUGACAAACCUUCAGAGACAAUGGCCAUGGUAAACGGAGAGGCUUUGCAACAGAUGCCCACCAGUGACUCCCCCUCCCCUCCCCCGGGUCUAACCAAGCCCAGUCUGGUGGUGCCCAUCAGCAUGUCAGACCUCACAGCCCGCUCGCCUUUCGAGGGCGCCGCAGCAGAAUCCCAGUCCCUCUUUUCAGACAACAGUAACUUCAGACAUCCUAACCCCCUCCCCGCCGGCCUGCCCCCCUUCCCCAGCUCCCCCCGAGGCAGUUCAGACUGGCCCAUGACACCCGAACCACAGAGCCUCUUCACAUCAGACACAAUACCGGUGUCUUCCUCCACAGACUGGCAGGCGGCCUUCGGGUUCGGCUCAUCCAGCAAACAGCAGGAUGACGACCUGGGCUUCGACCCCUUCGACGUCACCCGCAAGGCCCUGGCCGACCUUAUAGAGAAAGAGCUGUCAGUGCAGGACCCGAGCCCCUCGUCCCCGGGCCCCCUCCCUCAGGGGAGCAGCCACGGUCCCGGCCUGCCCCCCUCCAAUCCCGGCGCCUCGCACCACUUCCCCAGCGGCCUGCCACGCCUCCCCCAGCUCCACCACAGAGCCAUCUACAGCUCCUUCAGUUUCCCCGGCAGCCACAACAGCCAGGCCAGUCAGCAGCAGCAGCAGCAGCAGCCGCCGGCCGCCAGACACCCCUGGAUGGGCGUCCCAACACGGAACAACCUCACACACUUGAACCACUCAGCCAGUGCUGCCUCACACAGUAAUAUCCUGGACCUGAAUCUGCCCCCUCAGCACAGCACAGGGCUGGGCGGGAUCCCCAUCUCAGAAAACAGUGGCUCUAUAGACGGCUUAAAUGUGAAAGAGUGGCAAGACGGCCUGAGAGCUCUCCUGCCCAACAUCAAUAUCAACUUCGGAGGCCUCCCAAACUCCUCUUCCUCUUCAUCCUCCUCAUCCUCCAACAGUGUUAACCACAUCGGUGGGCCGGCGGGGCCGACGGGCAUGACACACAGCCUGAGCUGGGACGGCACAGCCAGCUGGAUGGAUCCUGCUAUCAUCACAGGCAUCCCGGCCUCGGCAGGCAGCAGUUUAGACUGUCUCCAGGACGACAACCCACCACACUGGCUCAAGUCCCUGCAGGCGCUCACAGAGAUGGACGGUCCUGCCAGCUCCGCGGUGCCCACCCCCCAGCCUCUCCACAGCGGCCUCCUCGACGCCCACCUCCCCCUCCACCACAGAGCCACCAGCGACUGGGCUCCCUACCUGCCCCCUCCCACAGCCAACCCCGCCAGCCACUUCCACUCCCCGCCCCCCGGCUUCCAGACCGCCUUCAGACCCCCGGGACAGCCCACUACAGAGCUGCUACAGAGUGCCGCCGUGGACCGCCACUGAACACAGACUACAGCAGACACCCAUCCACCCUCCCCAACCCCCCCUCCACCACCGCCACCAUCACUUUAUACCCACUCAUCCUGCCCCCACCCGCCCCCCUCCCCCCGCCCCCUUAUCGCAAUACACACCAAUCUGCAGAGUAUGAAAAAUUAACAAAGUAACAGACAUGCUUUCUUCUUUUUCUCUUCCUCCUUCCUUUUCGUCUCCUCUCGAAGGCCUGUUUGUUUUUGUUUUCGUUUGUGGCACACGCGUCGUCAGAACCCUUCUGUCUGCUGCCAUCACCACUCCUCUAGACCUAGUUCUGGGCAUAUCGUGCGAGGUUCAUCGUGUAGCUUACUGUCUAACGGAGAGCACAAGACUCAGUAUAGCAUCGAGCGCCCAGCGGUGACACAAGAGUUAACUCCACAAACUGGCAAAGAAACAAAUUAGCUGAAGUGAGGUCUCUUUUUUUAAAACAAAAAAAAAUACAAGUAACUAAUGAUUAAGCAUGAGCAACAUUUGUGUUUUUGAAAGUGAAAGUCAUGAUUAGUUUUUUUUUUUUUCCGAGGAUUGAAAGCAAGCUGUGAAUCUGCUCUUUGAAGCUUUGCCCCAAAGACCCUCAUCCCCCCCACUCUUAACAGAAGACUGUGAAACGGUUAACCCUUACAGCUGAGCGCGAAGAGAGAGAGAGAGAGAGGAGAGGGGUUGGCACCUGGCGUUUUCCGGAGUGGGCUUAAAGGAAAACAAAAUUCUUUUUAACAAAACAAACAAACAAAAAAAAAAGUCGAUAAUCGUACUGAAAAGCAAGCUGAGAUUUGACUGGCGGAGACGGAGUGCAGACGACACCGGGGGAGUUGAGGGCACAGGCUAUGCAUGGGCUCCCUGUCAGGUAGGGACACAGAUGGCCCGCUUCAAGAGGCCACUUGGCUCACCUUCUCUCCAGUGCGGGGGCCCUCGCCGGGGGCGCCCCGUCCCGCCGGAGGGAAAAGAUUUUCGCUGAACCUCUGUAUCAGAGGAAUAGAGCACAGCCUCGCCGCAGGGAGCCAGGGCUUUGGGAGAUCGUGGCACACAUCCUGAGCACUAGGGUUAGACUCUUACUCACAGUGCCACUGUGUGGUACCUACAAUAGCUAGCCCUAACAUGGACGGCCACCACAUAGGUAGGACGACGACUAAACGGAGGAGGCUACUAACGAGGGUAGUUAAAAAGGGUGAACAGGUCCCACGAGGGCUUGAACGAGGCCUUAACACGGACAGACGAGAGAAAGGAGCUGCAGCGAGUGGGAGGGGAGCGUCAGCGACUGCUGAAAAAUAUGCAACGUUGUAUGUGACUUCGGCAACCGUACGUGAGCGCGCGUCACACGAGGAAAGGUGCUGUAAGACGAACUGAAGUACUGUAGUAGUGAUUUUAAGGAGCUCUCAGCCAUUAGGAUUCGAGAUCGACCUCUCCGACCACCGCCUUUUUUUUUUUGUUUGUUUUUUUCUUUUUGAAGUCUUAAUUCUGAUCUGUGUUCGCUCGGUCUCUUUCUCUCUCUCUUACCCCUCCCCUCCCACCCCACCCUCCCCUUCCCCUCCCCCUCCUGCUGUUCCCUAUGUAACAGUAUUCACAAAAAUGAACAAAGUCAUCCAGGAGAAGCCAACACAGAGUCAUACAGUGGGUUUUAACACAAUGUUACGAG